CCCUCUCUCCCGCAGCCCCAGGAGGAGCAGCAGCAGCAGCAGCGGCGGCGGCAGGAGCAGCGCGGAAUCGCAGUGGGACAAGCAGCGAGACGGGCAUGGGGACGGCGCUGGCAGCGCGGCUCGGCCUGGGGCUCCUGCUCCUAGCUCUCCUCCUACCCACGCAGAUCUACUGCGAUCCCGAGGGAACAAGUCCGACACCUUCGAACAACUCAAGUUCCAUUUCUCUGUCAACUGUCACAAAUUCAGUGAACAGUACCACCACUCAUGGACAUGGAAAUUCCCUUCACUCAGCCACAAGUCUUGUUUUCAUUCUCUCAGUUCCUCUUCUGUAUUUUUGCUGUUAAGAGACUCUGGCAUGGAAAUGGCUACCACUUCCCACCCAGUUUCCUGAACCAUCUGAGAUGGCUAGAUCUCCAACCCAGCAUGAAAAUAAAUCAGUCCAAAUUCUGCAUCAAACCAGCUUGGUUCCACUCUGUACUCAAAUUAGUACCACUCUGACCUAGAGAAGCACUCAGUAUUCUGACUUUCCAAAGCUGACCGGUGUGAAAAGACCAACUUCAACAAGGAGGAAAAAUUAUGAGCUCUUUGACCAUAAACUGGAAUUUGAAAAACAAGAUGGGAACAAAAAGAGACAAUAUUGGCAACCCCUCAUUUAAAGUUGAGAAGAAAUAAAUGUCUUAUUAUAAGGAUGGGUGAUAACACUCCACCAAGAUAAAAGGCUAGAGAGGUUUUUUUGGUUUUGUUUUGUUGUAUUGGCUUGGGUUUUGUUUGUUUGUUCUUUUUAAUAUUUAGAAUAUGGACUUAAAAUUUAUUUUUCAUUUAAGUAAUUAAAGCCAAUAGCUUAUGGAACCACUGGAAAACACAGAAAAGCUUGAGUGGUUCAAUUUCUUGCACAAUCUAUCUUGUUAUAACCUCUGGGUAGUAGGAUGGAUAUAAAAGAAACUAAAUAUCAAUGGAAAAUAUUUCUUCUUCUUUUAAUUGGUAUGAAAUUGUUACAAGGCUAAAAUAGAAUAUCAGAUUUUUGUAAGAUUCCUCUUAUUCAACUUUUGAAUCCUAAUUAAAAGGUUAGCCAGACAGGGCUAGAUUUGAUAUAGCUAAAACCCACCAGUUUUCAUAAGAGUUGGAUUACUUAUGGUGGGAAUUUGAAUUUGACAUGUUAUUUAAAUUGUUUGUUUAUUAAGCUAUAUGUGCCAGAAGAUGGAGGUGUGGAAACACUGGGAAAAGUACCAGGAGCUUUUUGCAAAUGAAGUUCAGACAAAACAAACCAGAAAAAAAACCAAACAAACAAACAAAAAAAAAAAAAGAAAAAAAGGGAUAAACAUCUCUUCUUUCUCUAUUUCCCCUCUUGAGUUAUUCAAGUUGUUUAAGUUCUUUCUCCUCUUGAAACUUUCCUUAAUUAUGAAGGAUUUAUGGAAUCAUUUGAGUAAUGUUCUAGUGCUGCUUGUUUUGCUUUUUGCUUUUUUGCUUUUUUUUCUGGGUUUUUUUUUUUUUUUUUUGGCACGAGAUGAAUGACUUACUGUUUUUGUUUUUGUGGGUUUUUUGAGUUUUAACUGUGAUAGUUUACUUUAAACAUGGGCUAAUAUUUGCAGCGGGGAGAAGAAAUGGGGAGAGGAGAAGAGAAACAAAACGCCAAAAAUAAGAAAUUCAAUAAUCAGGUGUUUGGAAUAUGAAGGCUGGAGUCUUAAUUUAAUCAAGUUUAAAAAUUACCUUUGUAAAUACUGUUUUUUUAAAUUUUUUUUUCUGAAUCAAAAUUGCUACAGUUGCAUAGAGUGUUCCUGUAUCAUUCCAACACUUUAGAUAAUAGUAUCUGGUACUUGAUCAAAGCAAGCUUUGUGGAAGAGGUUCAACUACCUUGGUGAUAAUACCUUGUCUGAAAAAAAUGUUGGUAUGGUCACAUGUUGAGUAUCCAUGAUCAUAUCACUGUAUAGAUAUUUAUCUCAGUAUAAGAUCAUGUCAAACAUGAGUGGCUCUCUACAUUUUUUUUUUUAAAUACACGUGUCUUUCAGUUACAUUACCACCAAUCCACAGCAUUCUAUAUUAAUAGCAAACUAACACAAAUUCAUGUCAGUGAGUGGACAUGGACAUUUCCUUAUGCUUAUUGUUUGUAUCCAGUAAAACGUUAAUGAUUGUACUUUUGUGUUUGUGUAAUUAUGCUUUGAUUUAUUGGCUACUGAUUUUCAUUGGAAAAAAGCUGUAAAUAAAACAGUGGACAGGCAACGCAUUCUAGAUGCACUUCCAGACACUUCUAAAAAAACUUGUAACUUGCCUGCAUAAAGUGAACAAACUGUUAAGCAAGAUGGUAUAUGUGAUUAAAAACUUCAAGGUCUA